UUUUGGCUUUAUGUUGUGUCAGCCAGCAACGGUGUGCAGCAGCUAUCUCGGUGCCACGUAAUGCAAAAGGGGGGACAAAAACCCAUGUUCACUCGUUUGAGCCAGCAGAGAAACGGGGAUUCCCUGUCAUGACAUCCUCGUAACGCCAGGUGGCGGUAAGCACCCUAAAACAGUCUAAAGCCACGAAGAAGACAGCGUGACGCUUCACUUCCGCAACAACUGACAAUUUGACAACAUGGAUGCGACACACGAAGCUAGCCGGGAAACUGGGUUUGCGGGCGAAAGUGGCGCCGUGAUGAUACAAGAGCGACUUCAGAAGCGGCACCAGGCGAGGGCAGAGGACGCCGAGCGGAGGAAGGAAGCCAAAGACAGCAAGUCCGUGGCGGAGGAAAAAGGCGAGUACUUUUCCAGCACUUUCAACACCGAGCGGGCGUCCAUCGAGGAGAUGCUGUCCGCUUGCUCCGGAGCCGACCGGGCCGCGGUGACCCGACGGCUGGAGGAGGCCACGGCCAAAACGGUCCAGCUGCAGAAGUUUCUCAACGACAGCAUGCUGUUUCUAACGCAGUACGAACUGAGGAAGGCCCAGGCCGCCCUCCUGAAACUGCAGUCCGCCAUCGCCGAGGCCCGAGAGGAGGCUCUGCCCAGGAAGAAGUUCGCCUUUCGAGCCCGCACCAAAGCGACGGAUAAAGUGGCGGAAACGCCGUCGCCCGAGGCCGACACCCGCACAGACUCUGGCGUUGCCAAGGUGGACGGGGCCGCAGAGUCCGAGCAGUGCAGCUUCUCCAACAUGGACAACGUGAGUCUGACAAAGACCGCCGUGGAUGUCCAGAAACGAGACGUGCUGUUGAGUCACCUGACGAACUGCAAGGUCCGCCUGUUCGGUUCCCCCAGCACGCUGCACCUGAAACACAUCGACGGCUGUGAGAUCCUGUGUGGGCCCGUGAGUAGCUCAGUGUUCAUAGAUCACUGCAGAAACAGUACGCUGGCCAUCCCGUGCCAGCAGCUGCGCACCCACCACACCACGGACACAAGGGUGUACCUGCACGUCACCAGCCGGGCCAUCAUAGAAGACUGUCACGGCGUGAGCUUUGCCCCUUUCUCCUGGUCUUAUCCCACCUUGGAGGAGGACUUUGAAGUGUCCGGCUUGGACCGGGACCGCAACAACUGGAGCCAGGUGGAUGACUUCAACUGGCUCGCUGCCGGAGCGCAUUCCCCCAACUGGACUGUCAUUCCAGAAGCGGACAGGAAGACCACGUGGGACCUUUAGAAUUGAGUUUUGAAGCAUUGUUAUUUGGCUAAGUAACAUGCCAAUCAAACCAUCAUUUGGAAUGUUUAUCAUUCCUGAAAAUGAAAAGGGUUUUCAUCUUUAUGCUGCUGCUGUUGUUUAUUAAUGUACUAAGACUGAAAAAUGGUAUGUUGGCACUCAAGGGCCUCGCGUCUUAGCAAGGCAUUUUUCAUCCAGUAUUUCGCUAAGAUUAAACCCUGCGUUAAAUUAAUUCAGUUUUAAAUUAUUCUGCUCAUGUGUGGCAAACCUGCUGAUCCUUUCUAACAGAUGUCACUGUGGUCUAUAGGCAGAUGUGGAACUUCCUUAUCAAAAACGGGUGUAUUUCUGGCUCAAUAAAUCGUCUCUUAGUCGUAGUCUAUGAACUAUUAAAGAAGGACAUCUGAUUCAUAAUGUUACAAAUGUAGAAGUACUUUUCAAAACUACUGAAAUCUUUUGAAAAAUUCUGAAGAUUCAUCAAAGGACCAUUCAAACCAUUUCGGCAUGAAUGCUGCUGUGAAGUGCUCUCUCACAGCGGCACAGAAUGUGUCUCCUUUCUGGUGGAUUUUAACAGACCGACGUGAAUAAACAACAGAUAAUAACCCUCGAGAUGUCGUGCCUUAAUGCAGCUGUCAACCACAGACGCAAAGUGGAACUGACCGAAAGCCACUACAUCCACAUUUUGUAGAAAAAAAGGACGUUUUAAGGUAUUGAAUAUUAAAUGUAAGACAAAUAAAGAAACUUCCUGUUUAAUAACAGGCGUGUUGGUUUGUGGUGUUCACUUAAUGGGGAAGCUUCCUUCCUCUUCUAAACAACUGAUAAUCAAAAGCUCUCUCGUAGUGCUCAUUUACGAGGUCACUGUCUUGUCCUGGUUGAGGAGUGCAACACACAUUAUUACGAAGCAGCUCCGUAAAGGACACUUCAAACAUUUAACGGAAGAAUUCACCAUUCCACAUAUUUAAUCCAAUGGUAAUAUCUACAAUGCAAUUUAAAGAAGAUAAAUAAAUGCAAAAAAACAGUAUUUACC